ACUUCAAGAAGCCCAAGCAGAAUGAUCAGUACGGCGGAUACAAUGGCCACUGAGUGAUGCUGCCGGUUUUCAAUUGUUUGCUUCUCGGGGUUUCAGCAUGUCAACAUCUCGGCGUCUUGGAGACCUCACAAUGUGUAUGGAUAUGACCAUCACGACUUUCGCAUAACGAUCUGGGAGAGGUUAUUGCUACACGGCGUUUAGAAUAAAUGACAGCCACGAUUGAUCCCCCACAACAAAAGUUGCCCUCAGCCUCACUAUAUCGCAUACAAAUGAGCCACUUCAUAAUACACAUAUCGCACGGUCAGCAUCGAAACGACUUACCGUCACCAACGAAACAGACGUUCUUGCAAGGGUACCCGCACUACGAUCGACUGACCAUGACGCCGCGCCCAUUGUUGCCAUCUCAGGUGACAAUCGAAACCGUCUCGUGCAGCGCAAAAACUGCCACCGAAGCUCACGUUAGUCACAUGCUCCCCAUCGUGGUUAACCCGCUGAGCCGUUUAUUGUGCCGCCCUCACCAUCACCACCAAACACAACAACUUUGUUUCGAUAACAACGCACAAUCCCUGUCAAAAUCGAACUACGGUGUUGUCCUAUCGCCGAAUGAAGAGUGGCAAGCGAAGUACAACCAUGUACGAACUUUAAGGACAUGUCAACACGUCAAUCUACCUGACGUGGCGAACGGAGGCGAACGUGACAGGUACCUCAUGUCGAAACAGCGGUUCUCAAUCCACCAAUGACCUCCACAAGUCAGUGGUGAGAGCGCGGAAACAAGACACGGAUAAGACUUUUUUCUUUUAGGCGGUCUCAAACGCACACAGCGCGCGUUAUUCACGGGAAAACCCACUACUGGGGCUAUGCCACUGCCGCCGCCAGAGCCGAUUGAAAGGCGUACGUGUCGCC